UCUGGGUCACUGUCUCUACUCUGCCCUGCAGAGAUGCCCGGCAAACAGUCAGAUGAGGAACAGGUGGAGGCAGGGGCUGCCGAAAAUGUAGCUGAGGAGGACCUAGGGGGCCUCACGGCAGAGGAGCUCCGGCAGGGCCAGGAGGCAGCCCUGGAGCUAGAGGACAUGAUGGCGCUAAGUGCGCAGACCCUGGUCCGGGCCGAGGUGGACGAGCUUUACCAGCAAGUGCGUUCCCUGGGCCAGGGCCGCUUUGGCCGGGUCCUGCUGGUCACCCAUCGUCAGAAAGGCACGACCCUGGCGUUGAAACAGCUCCCGAAGGCGUCCACUUCCCUCCGUGGCUUCCUGUAUGAGUUCUGCGUGGGCCUCUCGCUGGGCACGCACCCAGCCAUAGUCACGGCCUACGGCAUUGGCAUCGAGUCGGCCGACUCCUACAGCUUCCUGACAGAGCCCGUCCUGUAUGGGGACCUCAUCACCUUCAUCCAGCCCAAGGUGGGCCUCCCGCAGCCGGCAGUCCAGCGCUGUGCGGCCCAGCUGGCCUCGGCCCUGGAGCACAUCCACUCCCGGGGCCUGGUGUACCGGGACAUCAAGCCCGAGAACGUGCUGGUGUGUGACCCGGCCUGCCAGCGGGUCAAGCUCACCGACUUCGGCCACACGAGGCCGCGUGGGACGCUGCUGCGCUUGACCGGGCCGCCCAUCCCUUACACGGCCCCUGAGCUCUGCUGCCCUCCGCCCCUGCCCGAGGGCCUGCCCAUCCAGCCUGCCCUGGACGCCUGGGCGCUGGGGGUCCUGCUGUUCUGCCUGCUCACCGGCUACUUCCCCUGGGACCAACCCCUGGCUGAGGCCGACCCCUUCUACGAGGACUUCCUCAUCUGGCGGGCGUCUAGCCAGCCCGACGACCGUCCUCAGCCCUGGUUCGGCCUGACACCCGUGGCCGACAGUCUCCUGUGGGGACUGCUGGACCCUCACCCCCGGAAGAGGAGCCCCGUGAGCUCCGUCCGGGACUACCUGGGGCGUCCCUGGAGGCAGCAGGAGGGGGAAGCUGAAGAGGUGGAGGAGGGGGAUGUCGAGGAGGAUGGAGAGUGAGGGGGGCAGCCCAAGCCCACGUUGCCUGCGGAGAUACGGGAAGGGAACCGCGUGCCCGUGUCCUGAGGCUGCCUCCACCUUCUUGUGCUGGCUUUUGGCUUCUCUUUUACCCGUUUCCCUCUUCCUUUCUUCCUUACCUCCCACAUUGCCAUCCUUCCUGUGGCCUAGGGGGCCCCUGAGACAGCUGCAUGCCUGUCCCACCAUCGCCGUCCCCCAGGGCUUUGGCACCUGCUGUCCCCCCUGCCCGAGGUCCUGUGGCUCCUUCCCUCGCCUCCCGCACACCCUGGGUGCUUCAGCUGCCCU